UAUUCAUGUCGCUGAAAGUAACUGUUAUCAAAGUUUUUUCUUUAAACUUUGAAAUACUUUCAUAAGUAAAAUUUUUUGAUUUCGUUCGUAAAUCACAGUAUACCUAAGUUCUUUGGAUAUUCAAGCAAAAUGUCCGGACCAAAUCCAUAUGCCCACCUAGAGAAGAAAACCAUCGUAGAUGAUAAAGAAUAUACGUAUUUCGAUAUAGCAGGUUUAGGUCCCAAUUAUGAUAGGCUACCCUUUUCAAUACGAGUACUUUUAGAAUCUGCACUUCGAAAUUGUGAUAAUUUUCAAGUCACUGAAAAAGAUGUACAGAAUAUUUAUAAUUGGGAAGCAAAUCAAACCGCCCCCGAACCAAUUGAAGUCAAUUUUAAACCAGCUAGAGUCAUUUUACAGGAUUUUACUGGAGUUCCAGCUGUUGUUGACUUUGCUGCAAUGCGUGAUGCUGUUAAAACUUUAAAUGGCGAUGAAAAUAAAAUAAAUCCUAUUUGCCCAGCUGAUUUAGUUAUUGAUCAUUCUGUGCAAGUCGAUUUCACUCGAUCACCCGAUGCACUUCAAAAAAAUGAAGAAAUGGAAUUUGAACGUAAUAAAGAACGUUUUACAUUUUUAAAGUGGGGUGCAAAAGCUUUUGAUAACAUGUUAAUUGUUCCACCCGGCAGUGGUAUUAUACAUCAAGUAAAUUUAGAAUAUCUAGCAAGAGUUGUGUUUAACGAUAAAAAUAAUGUAUUAUAUCCUGAUACUGUUGUUGGUACUGAUUCACAUACGACUAUGAUUAAUGGGCUAGGCAUUCUUGGUUGGGGUGUUGGAGGUAUUGAAGCUGAAGCUGUAAUGUUAGGACAAGCCAUAAGUAUGUUGCUACCAGAAGUGGUUGGUUACAAAUUAGUUGGUGAAUUAAAUCAAUAUGUCACAUCUACUGAUUUAGUAUUGACAAUUACUAAAAAUUUACGACAAUUGGGUGUUGUUGGUAAAUUUGUUGAAUUUUAUGGUCCUGGUGUAGCAGCAUUAUCAAUUGCUGACCGUGCAACGAUUGCAAAUAUGUGUCCAGAAUAUGGUGCUACUGUUGGUUAUUUCCCAGUUGAUGUAAAUUCAAUAGCAUAUUUACGCCAAACAAACCGUGAUGAAAAAACAAUAAAACUUAUUGAGCAUUAUUUGCGAAUAACAAAACAAUUACGUGAUUUCUCAAAUGCUGGACAAGAUCCAACUUAUAGUGUCAGUGUUACAUUGGAUUUGGGCACAGUUGUAUCAUCUGUUAGUGGUCCAAAACGUCCAAAUGAUCGUGUAUCAGUAUCAGAUAUGAAAGCCGAUUUUGCAGCAUGUUUACGUAAUAAAGUUGGUUUUAAAGGAUUUGAUAUCCCUGAAGAUCGUUUGAAUACGGUUGCAAAAUUUUCGUAUAAUAAUGCUGAAUACAGUAUUACACAUGGAAGUGUAGUUAUUGCUGCAAUUACAAGUUGUACAAAUACAAGUAAUCCAAGUGUAAUGUUGGGUGCUGGUCUAUUAGCUAAAAAAGCUGUGGAACAUGGACUUACUGUUGCACCAUAUAUUAAAACAUCAUUAUCACCAGGAUCAGGUGUCGUCACAUAUUAUCUUCGAGAAUCUGGUGUUAUUCCAUAUUUAACAGCAUUAGGAUUUGACGUUGUCGGUUAUGGUUGUAUGACUUGUAUCGGUAAUAGUGGACCAAUCGAAGAAAGUAUUGCCAAUGCAAUCGAACAAAAUGAUUUAGUUUGUUGUGGUGUACUAUCCGGUAAUCGUAAUUUUGAAGGCCGUAUUCAUCCAAAUACGCGUGCUAAUUAUUUAGCAAGUCCUUUAUUGGUAAUUGCAUACGCAAUUGCUGGCAACGUUAAUAUUGAUUUUGAAAAAGAACCAUUAGGUGAACAAAAUGGUAAACCAGUAUAUUUGGCUGAUAUAUGGCCAACACGGUCUGAAAUUCAAGCUGUUGAACAAAAACAUGUUAUUCCGGCAAUGUUUAAAGAAGUUUAUGCAAAAAUCGAAAAUGGUUCGGUAAGUUGGCAACAACUUGCUGCACCAGAAGGAAAAUUGUAUCCCUGGAAGAGUGAUUCCACGUAUAUUAAACGUCCACCGUUUUUUGAGGGAAUGACUAAGGAAUUGCCUGAAAUCAAACCGAUUAUUAAUGCCCAAGUACUUUUAUAUUUAGGUGAUUCUGUAACAACAGAUCAUAUAAGUCCGGCUGGUUCGAUUGGUCGAUCAAGCCCAGCCGCAAGAUAUUUAUCUGCUCGAGGUUUAACUCCACGUGAAUUUAAUUCUUACGGUUCACGGCGUGGAAAUGAUGAUGUAAUGGCACGUGGUACUUUUGCAAAUAUACGCUUAGUAAAUAAAUUUAUGGGAAAAUCAGGUCCUAAAACUAAAUAUCUACCAACUGGUGAAGAGAUGGAUGUAUUUGAUGCCGCUGAACGUUAUCGCCAAGAUGGUACUCCAUUAAUCAUAAUUGCUGGUAAGGAUUAUGGUUCUGGUUCAAGUAGAGAUUGGGCAGCAAAAGGUCCAUUUUUAUUGGGUGUAAAAGCCGUAAUUGCUGAAUCAUUUGAACGUAUACAUCGUUCAAAUUUAGUUGGAAUGGGUAUUAUUCCAUUACAAUUUAAAGAUGGUGAAAAUGCAGAAACAUUAGGCUUAAAUGGUACAGAAAAAUAUACGAUUAAUUUACCAGCCGAUUGUAAACCAGGGCAACAUAUUUCAAUUUUGGUUAAUGGAAAUGUAAGUUUUGAAGUAAUUUCUAGAUUUGAUACCGAAGUUGAUUUAACUUACUUCAAAAACGGUGGUGUACUUAAUUAUAUGAUUCGAAAGAUGAUAGCAUAGGAUAUGCUUUAUUUUAUUAAGAAAAGUGUAUUUCAUUUGACUGAUAUGUUGCUACAAGUUGAUGAUUAUUAAUAAAUAGUAAAAAAAAUUUUUUUAAUAUGUUA